UAACCUAGUAUAUGACUUGUCAAAACACUUGAAAAAUCGACCUGCUCUAAAAUACAUAUAAAUAAAAUUAGUUUCUAGUUUCAAACUGUGCGUGGCGUAGACUUGAAGUCGCAGUCCAAACGACAUAGAUCAUCACUUUCUCUCUCAUUAGCUCUCUCUCUCUUCCACCUCUAAACACGCCGGACCGGUCGUUCAGAGAAUGGAUAAGGAGGCUAAUAUCUGAAGUAAAGGCUUCAACAUCAUAAGUCAGUCUCAUAUGCUUCAUGUGGGGCUGCUUCGCCGGAGUUUUUGUUCAGUUUAGUAUAUGAACAUUGCAUAGUUAUGGAAAGAGGGUCUUGCAAACCAUAUAUUUUGGGCCAGUGAAAAACGCAAACUGGGAAAUUUAAGGCCCAACAUUUACAUUCCUAGAAGUCUUAUUAUCUUUGUCAUCUGCAAUUUGCGAUCAGGUUUAGAUUGUAUGGCAUUUGCACUCAGAAGAGUUGCUGUGUGCUGCUGAGGAUCAGAAAUGAAGAAAUGGUAUCGUGGUGUUUUAACUGCAUCCUUGUUGAUGUUAUUUGUUCUGGGGUAUUAUGUGAUUGAAAAUCCUAUCAGGGAAAGUUAUCUUGCAAAUCCCUUGUACUUAAAUACAACAAAUCCUCUUGAAUGGAUAAUUUCCGGGGCUCCACCUACAGUUCAGAAUCCAGAAAAUGGUUCUCAAGUAAUUCCCACUGAUACAAUAGUUUUUGUUCUGUUUUCUCCGCGGAACCUCUCCAACGUGGAGCAGCAGCCUUUGGAUACAUGGAACCAUUUGAAACACUUACUUAGCCAUGCUCAGGCUUUACCUAAUGCAGUAGAGGCUAUUAAGGAAGCUGGCCUUGCAUGGAAUAGCCUUAUGACCUCAGUUGAAGAGGAAAGACUUCAUAUGAAUGAUAGUUCACAUAGGAGAGGAAGAGAAAAGCAAUGUCCUCAUUUUCUUAGUAAAAUGAAUGCCACACAAGUUGAUAAUAAUGUAUUUACGUUGCGGGUUCCUUGUGGCUUGACUCAGGGCUCCUCUAUCACAAUUAUUGGCAUUCCAAGUGGUCUACUUGGUAAUUUCAAGAUUGACUUAACUGGAGAAGCGCUUCCAGGGGAGCCAGAUCCACCAAUUAUUUUGCACUACAAUGUUAGGCUCCAUGGUGAUAAAAUAACCGAAGAUCCUGUAAUUGUACAAAAUACCUGGACAGUUGCUCAUGACUGGGGCGAAGAGGAGCGUUGUCCAUCUCCUGCUCCCGAAAACAAUAAAAAAGUGGAUGAAUUGGAUCAGUGCAAUGAGAGAGUUGGGAAAGACAAUAACCGGAGUUUCACUGCUGGCAUACAUUCCAAUAGCUCUAUGAAAUUUCCUAUGAUUCAGGAUGGAUCUAAACCAAAAAGAUAUUUUCCUUUUAAGCAAGGUUAUCUAUCUGUUGCAACACUGAGAGUGGGAUCGGAGGGAAUCCAGACAACAGUUGAUGGAAAGCACAUAACAUCAUUUGCAUUCCGUGAAAGUUUGGAGCCAUGGCUUGUUAGUGAAGUAAGGAUUUCAGGAGACACAAAAUUAAUUUCUGUCGUGGCCAGUGGGUUACCGACAUCAGAGGAUUUAGAGCAUAUAAUUGACUUAGAAGCUCUUAAAUCACCUCCACUCUUUCCUCAAAGACAACUGGAUCUCUUCAUUGGUGUUGUCUCUACUGCAAACAAUUUUAAACGCCGAAUGGGUGUUCGAAGAACAUGGAUGCAAUAUGCUGCUGUGCGGACCGGACAAGUUGCGGUGCGCUUUUUUGUUGGUUUGCACAAAAAUCAAAUGGUGAAUGAGGAGCUAUGGCAUGAGGCACGGACAUAUGGAGACAUACAGCUAAUGCCUUUUGUUGACUACUACAGCCUUAUCACGUUGAAGACUGUAGCUAUCUGCAUCUUUGGGACGCAGGUUGUUUCAGCAAAGUAUGUCAUGAAGACCGAUGAUGAUGCAUUUGUCCGUGUGGACGAAGUAUUGGCUUCUUUAGACAGAAUCAAUGUUAGUCGUGGACUGCUCUAUGGUCUCAUCAAUUCGGAGUCCCGGCCUCAUCGGAAUCCUGAUAGCAAGUGGUAUAUUAGCCCCGAGGAAUGGCCUGAAGACACUUAUCCUCCUUGGGCACAUGGUCCGGGUUAUGUGGUGUCAAGCGACAUAGCAAAGGCUAUCUACAAGCGACAUAAAAAAGGCCACCUAAAGAUGUUUAAGCUCGAAGAUGUUGCCAUGGGCAUCUGGAUUGCAGAUAUGAAGAAGAAAGGUUUAGAAGUUAGGUAUGAGAAAGAAGGGAGAGUCUUUAAUGAAGGGUGUAAAAAUGGCUAUGUUGUUGCCCACUACCAAGCUCCCAGAGAGAUGCUCUGUCUAUGGCAGAAGCUUCAAGAAGAAAAUAUCGCCAAAUGCUGUGGCGAUUGACACGUAUAUGAUCCAUCUGAGAUAUAGGGAUGCUGGAAAGAUACUUAACUUUCUAACCUUUGACAAAGAUCCACCUAGUGCAGAAAAGAGAAUGUGACAGGAGAGAGAGGAAGAGAGAGAGAGAGAGAGAAUUGGGGGAGGGAAAUACUGCUGUACAAGUAGGUGGUUAGUGUAGGGAUAUACGUAUUGGUAGUCUAGUUUGUAUAGUUUCUUAUGAUGCUGUUUUUUUCCAAGCAGCAUCGAGGGAUAUGUACUAUAUGAGGGAGACAGAGAGAUAGAGAGUUGCCUUGUAUAGAGGGCACUCUAAAAUUGGAUGUGAACUGCCUUUCUACAACAGUAA